AUGGCGGCUCUCGUAGCCGCGUCGCCCCCGGCCCAUGUGUGGCCGAGCGCAUUUUUUCGACCAAAGACCCCGAGUGGGUGGAGGACGGGAACGGAUGAGCGUCAAUUGUCGCGUUGUUGCGAGAUGCCGGAGGCUGGUAUUAAUCGCACUACCGAUUGGCGCUACAGCAUGCACACCGCCAUGCUCGAGAGCAGCAAGCCAGGACAACGGGUCGUCCCGAAUUAUUAUGACUAUCUGAAAGCAACUGCGCUGGUCGCAGCCUUGUUGCAGCAGUUGGCAACUUAUACCCGGAUUUAUGGAAAGUACCGGGCCCCCUGCCCUGCCGAAGCUCUCCCUCCCAAUGACCUGACCGAUUCACUUGCACGACCUCAAAUCGUUACCGCCCCAGAGCAACCCGAACCGCGUUCCUCAAUCCCGAAUCGAAAGACCUCUGUCCCCGGAAUGGAUUUCAGUAUAGACUUUGACAACACCACCGGUGUACAAGCAAGAGGCAAGAAGGCCAAAAAAGCAGCCAAACAAGCCCAGCAAGCUAAAUGGUUCGAGUCUGAUAACGAAGGUGAUGGCAAUGCCGCCGGCGGAGGUGAAGAUGGCACUGGCGGAGGCGGGGAUAACGGUGGAGGUGCUGGUGGCGCUGGCGGCGGGGGGGACGACAACAAUGGAGGUGGACAAGAAGAAGACGACUGGGAUUGGGGAACUAGUAAGAAGAACAAAAAGAAGAACAAAAAGAAGCAAGAGGAAGAGGAAAAGAAAAAACAGGAAGAGGAGGAACAAAGAAAGAAAAAGGAGGAAGAGGACGCUAAUACUGCCAACCCUCUCAGUUGGGCUGAUGAAACGAACAACGCCGCAGCAGAUGACGAUUGGACAACAGGUUUCACGACCAAGAAAGAUAAAAGAAAGAAAAACAAAAAGGGUGUUGACGACGCUCUCCCUUCAGCUCCUGACCCACCAGGCGCCUCAGCUUUUCAGGACAUCAGCCUCGAUGACACCGCGCCGAAGUUGGAAUUCAGCUUUGGCGGAUCCGACGACAAGAAGGAUUCCGGCAGCUUCGGGGCAUGGGGGAAAACUUGGGACUUUGGAUCCCUUGAUACUGCCACAACCAAAGUUGACGAGAGGCUCCCCAAAAGGGAUAGUGACAGGAAAGAAACCUCGACAGAAUUCGGUGAUAACAAUCCCUGGUCACUUGGUAAUAAAUCCAAGAAAAAGACCACAACAUUUGGGUUCGAUUUUGGUGAUCUAAACUCCGGCAAUACUGAAUUCGGGUUUGACGGCGACGUCGGUGAGACGAAGACCACCGAUGAUGCCUGGGGCUUUCCUACCAUGAACAAGAAGGAUAAGAAGAAAAAGGAUCUCUUGGAAGAGAAAAGGGAGGACAAGUCAGCUCCAGCCGACCCUGAACCGAAAGAACAGGAAUCUUUGGGGGGCUGGGGAACGUCUACAUCCAAGAAGAAAAAAAAGAAAGGAUUUUUAGACGAGGAUCCACUGCCGACUCUCCCGUCUGCCCCGGCUGAACCAGAGCCAGCAGCUGCCAAGGAUGAAUGGUCGGCGUUUACUACUAUCAAGAAGGACAAGAAAAAGGGGAAAAAAGGAGCUGUCGAAGAGCCUGCCGUGGAGACUAGGGACCCCGCAGUCGAUGCCGGAGAAACCGACAACGCUUUUGACUGGGGCUUCGGGACAGGCAAGAAGAACAAGAAGGGCUUCAUGGGUGAUUUCAAUGACGACCUUCUAGCCGCGCCUAAUCCCCCUGCCGAGCCAGAUACAACAACUGGGGAUGGGGAUGACUGGAUGGCUGCAGCUUGGGGGACCAAGAAGAAAGACAAGAAGGGAAAAAAAAGCGGUAUUGAGGACCUCUCCGCUUCUGUCGAUAUGGGCUUUCCUGCUGACAUUAAAACCACCACGAUCGAUCCUCCCGCAGCGGAGGACAGUUGUGCCGUUUCUAGCACGACCAAAGGCAAAAAAGAUAAAAAGGGAAAGAAGGGAGCAGCCCCUGAAGAAAUUCCGCCUCCACCGCAGCCUGAACCUGAGCCCCCGGCUGCAUCCGAAGAUAUAUGGAGCUCUUUCGGAAAGAAAGACAAGAAGGGAAAGAAAGGCAAAUUUGCAAGCCCUGAACCAUCCAUCCCAGAUCCCAUAGUCGAGGUUGAGCCCGAACCUGAACCGGUCAAAGAAGAACCCAAGGACAGCAUCGCUGAUAUCAGUGGCUGGGCCAAUCUUUCCGCUAAAGAGAGGAAAAAGAAGGAAAAAGAAGCUAAAAAGAAGGGAUUGAUUAUUCCCGACGAAGAGCCUCCACCACCUCCUCCAGUUCCAGAGCCUCAGUCAGAGCCAGGAGUCAAAGAAGACGACACAUGGGGAGGCUGGGGAACCACCGUCAAGGAUAAAAAGAAAUCUAAGAAAAAGGGAUUCUUGGAUACGAUCGAAGAUCCCCCAGCACCUGCUCCUGAAUCUGAACCCGAAGCUAAAGAGGAUGACCCGUGGGCCGGAUUCGGACUAUCUUCCAAGGAGAAGAAGAAGAAGGAAAAGGAAGCGAAAAAGAAGGGACUUUUCGACGAAAUUGACGAGCCUCCGCCACCUCCUGAAGUAUGGCCCGAGCCGGAGCCGCAGACAAAGGACAAUGACAUUUGGGGAACGGUCGGUUUGUCUGCCAAAGAGAAAAAGAAAAGGGAGAAAGAAGCCAAAAAGAAGGGCUUCUUAGAUCUCGUGGAAGAAGACCUCCCGCCACCACCAGCAGAGCCUGAGCCGGAACCAGAGGUCAAGGAGAAUGAUAUCUGGGGUACCUGGAGUGCAAUUUCUUCCAAAGAUAAAAAGAAGAAGAAGGAAAAUGAGACCAAGAAAAAAGGAUUCCUUGACCUCGACGAGGAACCGCCGCCGCCUCCGCCGGAACCCGAGCCCGUAGCAGGAAUUAAGGAAGAGGACGACUGGGGCAGUUUCGCCACCCUCUCAUCGAAAGAUAAGAAGAAGAAAGAGAAGGAGGCGAAGAAGAAGUCCACCGCAGUAGCACCUCCUGAUGCCGAGCCCGAACCCGUCGUGGAACCUGAACCACAGCCAGUGGAAGACAAGACUGAAGACAUAUGGGGAUCCUUCAGUACCUCUGCUAAAGACAAGAAGAAAUCCGCAAAAGACAAAAAGAAGGGCAUCACUGAAGUCGAGGAGCCCCAGGUACCGGAAAACCCCGAAACUCCUGCGGGAGAUGACCUAUGGGCCUCUUGGGGCGUCAAGGAUAAGAAAGGAAGUAAGAAGUCCAAGAGCAAGGAGGAGCCUCCCCCGCCCGUUCCAAGUCCACCAGCUCAAGGUUUAACCCCAGAACCUGAUCCAAUGGAGUUGCUGGACAACGACGCCGUGGACGACACAUGGGCUGCGUUGACCACAACAAAGAGCAAGACGUCCUCGAAAAAGACCACGGGCUCCAAGACGACCACGGGGAAGGACAAGACGAAGAAGAGCAAAGACGUAGACGACUCGGGCGACAUUGCACCUGUGGAGGACCCUCUGCCAGAAGAAACUCCCGCCAAGGCUAUGAAGAGCAUAUGGGGCUUUGGAACGUCAACGGGGACCACCAAACUGACCAAAAAGGAAAAAGAAGCCAAGGCUAAAAAGGAGGCCGAAGAGCAAGCCCAAAAAGAAGAGGAAGAAAGGCUGGCUCGAGAGGCUGAAGAGGCCGAGGCGGAAGCAGCACGAUUGGCAGAAGAAGAAGCUGCAGCAGCUGCAGUCGCAAAGACUUCGAAAAAGAAGAACGGCAAACUAUCCAAAACGGACUCCAAAUCCAGCAAAACCAAGGAUGCAAUUGAUCUUAUUGACAUUCUUGACGAGCCUACACCCGCAUCCAAAACUGGCAAGGGAUCUAAGCUGAAGAAGACCACUUCUAACCAGGAAGAGAAGGUCGAAGAAAAGAAAGAUGACGACUACUUUGGAUUCUGGGGGAGCGCGUCGACGUCCAAAAAGACAGCUGGCAAAAAGGACCUUGACUCCAAAAGGGAAAUUACCAAACAGGGGUCGGCCAAUGAGGGUGACGCGCUAGCAGACCUCACAAAGGACCUCGACCUUGGACUGGACCUCGACAAGCCCGUUGCUUCUUCAAAGACCUCAAAGGCAAUGACCACCAAGAAUAAGCUGGGCUCCUCUGUUGCGGAACGCAUCAAGGCUUUGGAGGGCACCAAAGAAGAGAGCGGAAAGAAGUCGAAGACCGACAAGGUGCUGACUAAGGAUUUGCCUCCACCAGAAGACGUGCCAUCGCCCAAAGAGGAAAAGAAGCUCAAGGACAAGGCAUCCGUCAAGACGAAAACAACCUCUACAAAGACCAGCAAGCAGAAGACCGACGCGUCCCCCGUUGCCGAGGAGAAGAAAUCAAAAGACUCCGUUCCCGGGAGCUUCCCUGGCGCGUUUGGCGACGACCUUGACGACAUUCUCGACCUUGACAACCCGUCACUGCCAGCGUCACCCGAAAAGCCUAAAUCAAAGACCAAGACUGUUGAGAAGAAAAGUACCAAGUCCAAGACCACCACACCCAAGGAAUCUGCGGCCAAGGACUUGGAUCUGCUCGACGAGGAACCGAAGCCUCCUACACCUCCGUCCGAGGAAAAGAAGACUGCCAAGAAGGAGCGACCGCGGAUCGAGCGUUCUGCUACUGCUUCCUGGGGAUUCUGGGGUGCAGCCCCACCACCGAAGAGACCGACCAAAGAAAAGCUCAAGGAAGACACUGAUAUGUCGCCGACUGUCAAGAAAGAGAAGUCACCGCCUGGCCUCACUAGAUCCAAGUCCACUCGAACUCCCAAGGAAAAGGAGCAGGAGGACAAGAAAGAAGCCGAAAAGCUGUCUAAGUCUUCUGGAUCCGACAAGGAGACGAAGCCGAGGAAAACGGAACGACCUAAGACGACUACCCGUGGUACGUCAUUCUCCAACUUUAUGUUCGGCGGACCUCCCCCAUCGGCGAUGCGGCCCAAGACGACUCGAAGACCUAGCGGCGCCGCAAGCUCUAGGCCAUCAUCUCGACGUCAAUCUAUGGACGGUCUUGUGUCCCCACUUGAAGACGAGCCUGAAGUGACCGACAAGGCGGCGAAGCUUAUGGGCAUGAAAACCUCCAAAGUGGAGCGACGACGGUCGGUGAAAGGAAAAUCGUCAGGCGCUCCCGAUCCAUACCCAAUCGACGACGACGAUAUGGUGAUGAUCCAUACCCACGACAAUCCACCUGCGGCCAAUGGCACAUUUACGACUGAGAAAUCAAAAUCCAAGGCUUCCAAAUCAAAGAAAGAGAUCAAGUCGCACGGCAAAACGGUUUCUCAAGAUGACGAUGUGGUCAUGGUGGACAAUGCUACGCAUGGCGAACCAUUAGUCACCAGCGGCCCUGACGACAUGGCCUUUGUAGAUCACCCUCCUCCUUCUUUGAAAAGAAGCAGUACUACAGCAUCAAGAAGAUCUACGGGAUUUUUCAGCAGUUUCUUUGGAACCACAAGGCCCGUGGAGACCGAAAAGGAGCGACCAAGGAGUACCACCCUCACUGACGCUGAGGACCAAGGGCUACCGGUCCGAACUAAAGACCGAUCAAAGAGAAGAUCCCGAGUUGUGGACGGAGAAGGCUUCACGACUGACGCGCCUGCCGAAACGGACGUCGACAUGGAGGCUCGACGCGCUGAGCGGAGAGCGAAGCGAGAAGCUCGUGAUCGGACGGAGGAAGCCGACCGUGUGGAACGUGAGCAGCGGCGAAAAGAGAGACGGGAACGGGAAAAGGCCGACAUAGAAGCUCGUCAACGUAAAGCUCGUGAGCGCGCCAGAAGAGAAGAGGAAGAAGAAGAACGACGCCGAGAAGAAAAGCGAGCCCGUCGAGCCGCAAGAGAAGCACGCAUCCAGCAAGAAGAACUCGAGAUGAAUGCAGAAGCCGAACGAAGGCGAGAAGAACGGAGGCGACUUCGUGCUCAACUUGAAGCUGAACAAGGUGGAGAUCGCGAGAUAGCACGAGAAGAACGAAGAAAGUCAUAUUAUGCUGAAGAAGAGGAUAGACGGAGACGAAGAGAAGAACGGAAAGGCCGAGACAAAGACGGAGAAAGAUCAAGCCGCAAAAGGUCCAGUGCUUUGGUCGAAGAAUACCAUGAGAGUCGAAGUGGGAGCGGCAAGGGAACCGCACCGCCAGCAAACAAGACCAGCUCGUGGAUCAACUCGCAAGCGGAUGAGCCCCCCGAGAUUCCACCUGUUGAGGGCACAAUCUUGGACCCCAGUGGCGAGAAACCGCGACCGGCAGAUGAAAUCGACUCUCACAAACGCAGCAGUCGCAACCGCGACAAGUAUGCUGGAAUGACGGAUGCGGAGAUUGAAGAAUAUCGCGCACGAAGAAAGAGUUCUCGUCGUGCAGAAGGUAAGAGUGCGAGCGGCGGUAGCGACGAGCGAGACAGGAAAGAACGAAGGCGACGACGAGAUCGCGACCCUGCGGAUGAUCGUGGCUACAGCGGGUACAACUAUGAUGAAGUCCCCAUCAAGACUUGGGAUGGGAGACCCGCUCUGGGUAGCCGGAACGAUAGUAAGCGCAGGAGCUUUCUUGGUGGACUCUUUUGA